UACCCGACUCUGCCUGCACGUCGUCGCCCCCGCGUGCCUCGGGUCACGGACGGACCUCUACCUGACGGCGACGACGAAGAGGGCGAAGAGGGUAACGAAGAGGACGAGAGCGACGAAGAAGGCGACGAAGAGGGUGACGAAGACGAUGAAAAAAGUGAAAAAGGCGACGAAGAGGGUGAAGAAAGGGGCGAAUAGGAUGGUGAAGAAGGCGACGAAGAAGGCGAAAAAGGUGACGAAGAAGACGACGGAAUUGGCGAAGAAGGCGACGAUGGCGACGAACAGAGUGACGAGGAGGACGAAGAGGUCGGCGUAGGAAAACCGCAGUCACGCGCCGACCCUCACGUCCGCACCGAAGGGCCUCGGGUCGUGUCUCUCUCUCUCGGUUUUCUUUUGUUAAAUGUGCAGGAAGUUUGCAUUUUAGAGUGAGCAGCUCCGGGUUGUUCGUCGUGACAGGUUGCUGGUGUUGACAAUGACAGUGACAGUCACGGCAGAGCACAUCUACCAGGCGCCAGUCGAACUCGUGGCGGCCACACACCUCACAAAAUUUCCGAACGAGUAUGACAAGGACAUCAUCUCUUGCAAUAUUAUAGAGAGAAACACAGACAAGGAAGGAAGAUUGUAUACCAAGAGAGUCGCAGCCGUGCGGAAUGUGCUGCCUACAUUUCUGCGGAGGGUGGCAAGCUUACAAGUGGAGAAACUGGAACUCCAAGAGGAAUGCUGGUGGGACAGAAAAAGGAGAACUUUUGAUGUUGAAUCUGAAAACCUCUCUGUGUCAGACUGGGUCACGAUGAAGGAGGCCUCCACUUACAAGCCACAUCAUCAGAAUCCGAAUUGGACGCAAUUCAAUCAGGAGGGCACACUCACCGUCCACGGCCUUGGGAGAAUUGGUUCCCUCAUUGAACUUUUUGGUAAAAGGUUCUUAAGCGUUGGUGCUCAGCGGGGUAUUACCAUCACCGAAACUCUCAUGGCUGAGCGCUCAAAGAGGUUCUCGAGAGUCUGGUAUUCAGAAUUUCUCUUUGCAUAAGGUCAGCAGACCUACGUGAAGUGUUAUUCCUAAUCACGACAGUAAGAAUAUCUAGUCUGCAACUUUAGAAAUCUUGCUCAUUGCGCUGUCAACAUCUGAAGAGUCUUCCUAGUAAUAAUAAUAACAAAGGGAAAGCAUUAGAUAUGAGACAGUAUCUUGGAUUUUCUUUUUCUCAUGAAUGAUUUCAGGAACUUGGAUAAUUUUUGUAUUUUUCCACUUUUGUGUAUGUUGUAAAGAGGUGAUAUUUAGUCUUAGGAUUUUGUAUUGAGAAGAAAUAGCAUAAUUAGGGUUUAGUGAGCAGAUUUUUCAGGCAGAAAGAAUAUAGGGGUCUUAUCUUUUAGUACGUGUAAAUUUUUUUAUUCAUUGUAUAUGGUACUGGUGAUUUUUAGGUAGCACGUUUUGUACUUUUGAACGUAGGAGGUGAUAAUUAUAGUACUUAGACAAUAUUCCAGUUUUUGUUUAGAAAUCUGCUUGCAAUGACAAAUCAUUCCAGGGAUCCAACUGCUUAAGAAGGUCGUAAAUGUAGCAAAUGUAAUAAAAGCCACGUGAAGGAAGCGAUUACAGCUUUUUUUAUCUGAAGAACAAGUCAGGUUUAUUGCUUUAUGUUUUAUUUAAAGUUAAAUCUGUGUCUUUUCUCUGUGUGGGUGGCUGGUAAUCAUAGAUGACAAUAUGAACAAAGAGAGCCCUGCAAAAUGUUGAAUGUAAAUGUUUGAUAUUGAAAAGAUUGAAAUCUUCAAGAAACACUUUGCUGUGGGCAAGUCUUAGUUAAUGAUUGCUGUGAAUAGGUAUAAUAAUAUUUAAGAGUUUCCUUUUAUAUUUUGGUGUACACUCGUUAAAUCUUAUUGUGAAUAUGUUCAAACAAAUAAAAGGCAAAAAUUUAA